GUCGCCGCUGCCAGCCGCCGGGCCUGUCUGCCCGCCGCGCCGCUGCUUCACGCCUGCCGGUGCCCGCCGGUGCCCGCGCCGGCCGCAUGGAGCUCCAGGGCUUCUGCAGCGCGGACGGCUCCGACCCCUUCUGGGAGUGGACCGUCACGUGGAACACCAGCAACCCUGACUUCACCAAGUGCUUUCAGAACACCAUCCUCGUGUGGGUGCCUUGUGUUUACCUCUGGGUCUGCUUCCCCUUCUACUUCCUCUAUCUGUCCCACCAUGACCGGGGCUACAUUCAGAUGACACAUCUCAACAAAGCCAAAACUGCCUUGGGGUUUUUGCUGUGGCUCGUCUGCUGGGCAGACCUCUUCUACGCUUUCUGGGAAAGAAGUUGGGGCCGGUUCCCAGCCCCCGUGUUUCUGGUCAGCCCAACGCUCUUGGGUAUCACCAUGCUGCUUGCUACCUUUUUAAUUCAGUUCGAGAGAAGGAAGGGAGUCCAGUCCUCAGGGGUAAUGCUCACAUUUUGGCUUGUAGCCCUACUGUGUGCCCUUGUCAUCUUGAGAUCCAAAAUCAUGAAUGCCUUAAAAGAGGAUGCCGAAGUCGAUGUGUUUCGCGAUGCCACCUUCUACAUUUACUUCUCCCUCGUGCUGAUUCAGCUCGUGCUGUCCUGUUUCUCAGACCGCCUGCCCCUGUUCUCUGAAACCAUCAAUGACCCCAAUCCAUGCCCGGAAUCCGGCGCCUCCUUCCUUUCCAGAAUCACCUUCUGGUGGAUCACAGGGUUGAUGGUCCUGGGCUACCGCCACCCCCUGGAGAGCACGGACCUCUGGUCCCUGAACAAGGAGGACAUGUCAGAACAAGUGGUGCCCAUGUUGGUAAAGAACUGGAAGAAGGAAUGUGCCAAAUCCAGAAAGCAGCCGGUGAAGAUCGUGUACUCAUCCAAGGAUCCCGCGAAGCCUAAAGGCGGCUCCAAAGUGGAUGUGAACGAGGAGGCCGAGGCUUUGAUCGUCAAGCCCUCCCAGAAGGAGCGGGAUCCAUCGCUGUUCAAGGUGCUUUACAAGACCUUUGGGCCCUACUUCCUCAUGAGCUUCCUGUUCAAGGCCCUGCACGACCUGAUGAUGUUUACAGGCCCAGAGAUCUUGAAGCUGCUCAUCAACUUUGUGAACGACAAGGAGGCUCCGAACUGGCAGGGCUACUUCUACACAGCACUGCUCUUCAUCAGCGCCUGCCUCCAGACCCUCGUGCUGCACCAGUAUUUCCACAUCUGCUUCGUCAGUGGCAUGAGGAUCAAGACCGCCGUAGUCGGGGCCGUCUACCGGAAGGCCCUGGUGAUCACCAAUUCCGCCAGGAAAUCCUCCACUGUGGGGGAGAUCGUCAAUCUCAUGUCUGUGGACGCCCAGAGGUUCAUGGACCUGACCACAUACAUCAAUAUGGUCUGGUCAGCCCCUCUGCAGGUCAUCCUUGCUCUCUACCUCCUGUGGCUGAACCUGGGUGCCUCCGUCCUGGCCGGGGUUGCUGUGAUGGUUCUCAUGGUUCCUCUCAAUGCCGUGAUGGCCAUGAAGACCAAGACCUACCAGGUGGCCCACAUGAAAAGCAAAGACAAUCGGAUUAAGCUGAUGAAUGAGAUUCUCAAUGGGAUCAAAGUGCUCAAGCUUUAUGCCUGGGAGCUGGCUUUCAAGGACAAGGUGCUGGCCAUCAGGCAGGAGGAGCUGAAGGUGCUAAAGAAAUCUGCCUACCUGGCAGCCGUGGGGACCUUCACCUGGGUCUGCACGCCUUUCCUGGUUGCCCUGUCUACAUUUGCCGUCUACAUGACCAUCGACAAGAGCAACGUCCUCGAUGCCCAGAAAGCCUUUGUGUCCUUGGCCUUGUUCAACAUCCUCCGUUUCCCCCUGAAUAUUCUCCCCAUGGUCAUCAGCAGCAUCGUGCAGGCGAGUGUCUCCCUCAAACGCCUCAGGAUCUUCCUGUCCCACGAGGAGCUGGAACCCGACAGCAUCGAGCGGACGCCCAUCAAAGACGGUGGGGGCAUGAACAGCAUCACCGUGAAGAAUGCCACCUUCACAUGGGCCAGGAACGACCCUCCCACACUGAAUGGCAUCACCUUCUCCAUUCCGGAAGGUUCCUUGGUGGCCGUGGUGGGACAGGUGGGAUGUGGAAAGUCAUCUCUGCUCUCAGCGCUCUUGGCCGAGAUGGACAAAGUAGAGGGGCACGUGUCUCUCAAGGGCUCAGUGGCCUACGUCCCCCAGCAGGCCUGGAUUCAGAAUGACUCUUUGCGAGAAAACAUCCUUUUCGGACGCCAGCUACAGGAACAAUAUUAUGAGUCUGUGAUAGAAGGCUGCGCCCUCGUCCCAGAUCUGGAAAUCCUGCCCAGUGGGGACCGGACUGAGAUUGGUGAGAAGGGCGUGAACCUGUCUGGGGGCCAGAAGCAGCGCGUGAGCCUGGCCCGGGCCGUGUACUGCAACUCUGACAUCUACCUGUUCGACGACCCCCUCUCGGCUGUGGACGCCCACGUGGGAAAACACAUAUUUGAAAAUGUGAUUGGUCCCAAGGGGCUGCUGAAGGACAAGACACGGCUCCUGGUCACGCACGGGAUCAGCUUCCUGCCUCAAACAGACAUCAUCAUCGUCAUGAGUGGCGGCAAGAUCUCGGAGAUGGGUUCCUACCAAGAGCUGCUGGCCCGGGAUGGGGCGUUCGCCGAGUUCCUGCGCACCUACGCCAGCACCGAGCAGGAGCAGGAGGAGCAGGACGAUGGCAGCAAAGUUGAGGGCGAAGAGGAGAAAGGGUUAGCAGGCCUGAGCGGUCCAGGGAAAGAGAUGAAGCAAAUGGAGAACGGCAUGGUGGUGACGGACGCUGUGGGAAAGCAACUGCAGAGACAGCUCAGCAGCUCGUCGUCCUACAGCGGGGACGUCAGCCGGCAACACAACAGCACCGCCGAGCUGCAGAAAGCUGAGACCAAGAAGGAAGACACAUGGAAGCUGAUGGAGGCCGACAAGGCCCAGACAGGGCAGGUCAAGCUCGCCGUGUACUGGGAGUACAUGAAGGCCGUUGGACUUUUCAUCUCCUUUCUGAGCAUCUUCCUUUUCUUGUGUAACCACGUGGCCGCCCUGGCCUCGAACUAUUGGCUGAGCAUCUGGACCGAUGACCCCGUCAUCAACGGGACCCAGCAACACACAGAGGUCCGGCUGAGCGUCUAUGGAGCCCUGGGCAUCUCGCAAGGUGUCGCGGUGUUCGGCUACUCCAUGGCCCUGUCCAUCGGGGGCAUCUUCGCCUCCCGCCACCUGCAUCUGGACCUGCUGCACAAUGUCCUGCGCUCCCCCAUGAGCUUCUUCGAGCGGACCCCGAGUGGGAACCUGGUGAACCGCUUCUCCAAGGAGCUGGACACCGUGGACUCCAUGAUCCCGCAGGUCAUCAAAAUGUUCAUGGGCUCCCUGUUCAACGUCAUCGGCGCCUGCGUCGUCAUCCUGCUGGCCACGCCCAUCGCCGCCGUCAUCAUCCCCCCGCUCGGCCUCGUCUACUUCUUCGUCCAGAAAUUCUACGUGGCCUCCUCCCGGCAGCUGAAGCGCCUCGAAUCGGUCAGCCGCUCCCCAGUUUACUCCCACUUCAACGAGACGCUGCUGGGGGUCAGCGUAAUCCGGGCCUUCGCGGAGCAGGAGCGCUUCAUCCGCCAGAGCGACCUGAAGGUGGACGAGAACCAGAAGGCGUAUUACCCCAGCAUCGUGGCCAACAGGUGGCUGGCCGUGCGGCUGGAGUGUGUGGGGAACUGCAUUGUCCUGUUUGCCUCUCUGUUUGCUGUGAUCUCCCGGCACAGCCUUAGCGCCGGCUUGGUGGGCCUCUCAGUAUCUUACUCGUUGCAGGUUACCACCUACUUGAACUGGCUCGUUCGGAUGUCGUCAGAGAUGGAGACUAACAUUGUGGCCGUGGAGAGACUCAAGGAGUAUUCCGAAAUCGAGAAGGAGGCUCCCUGGCGGAUUGAGGAGAUGGCUCCCUCCAGCACCUGGCCCCAGGUGGGCCGAGUGGAAUUCCGGAACUUCGGCCUGCGUUACCGAGACGACCUGGACUUGGUGCUCAAACACAUCAACAUCACCAUCGAGGGAGGGGAAAAGGUUGGCAUCGUGGGGCGGACAGGAGCUGGGAAGUCAUCCCUGACCCUGGGCUUGUUUCGGAUCAACGAGUCUGCCGAGGGCGAGAUCAUUAUCGAUGGCGUCAACAUUGCCAAGAUCGGCCUGCACGAUCUGCGGUUCAGGAUCACCAUCAUCCCCCAGGACCCCGUUUUGUUUUCGGGUUCCCUCCGCAUGAACCUGGACCCGUUCAGCCAGUACUCAGAUGAGGAAGUCUGGACAUCACUGGAGCUGGCUCACCUCAAGAAUUUCGUGUCGGCUCUUCCCGAUAAGCUGAACCACGAGUGUGCAGAAGGCGGAGAGAACCUGAGCAUCGGGCAGCGCCAGCUCCUGUGCCUGGCCCGGGCCCUGCUGAGGAAGACGAAGAUCCUUGUGCUGGAUGAGGCUACAGCCGCCGUGGACCUGGAAACGGACGACGUCAUCCAGUCCACCAUCCGGACGCAGUUCGACAGCUGUACAGUGCUCACCAUUGCUCACCGGCUCAACACCAUCAUGGAUUAUACGAGAGUGAUCGUGCUGGACAAAGGAGAAAUCCUGGAGUGCGGGCCCCCGUCCGACCUCCUGCAGCAGCGUGGUCUCUUCUACAGCAUGGCCAAAGAUGCUGGCUUGGUGUGAGCCCCGGAGCUGUGCGUCUGGUCUGAUCCACAGGGCUCACAUGCCAGCCCCCCAGGAUGAGUCAGCUUCCUUGGGAACCCAAGCCUCCCGUAUACUGAAACCAAAAACAAAGAAAAACCAAAUCCCCAAAACCAAAACACACACAAAGCAGCCAUCAUCUGGCCCUCCGGCCUGGAAUUGGCCGUGAAGAAACAGGAGAGACCCGGGUCUGCAUCCACCCAAAACACGCACACCUUUGCCUCUGUCACCCCCCCACACACACACACAAGAAGCACACGUGUUCUCGCACCGCUGAGAAUGCUGGGCCGUGUUCUUGGUGCUCCACGGGGAGGUUUUGACAGCCAGACUCUGGAGAAAUUGCUUGCGGAAAAUAUGCUAGUGACCAAAUCCAGCCAACUGCCUCAGAUCUCUUCAGCAAGAGCUGGUGGACUCCAAAUCUUCGAGAAGCUCCCUGGCCCCUGGCAGCUGCCCCCAGCACCUCUAACGUCCUUGUCAGGCUCUACCCAGAAUGCUUCGUUUCCUCGCAGCUGCAGGUUAGAGGUGAAGAUCAUUCUCACCGUCAGGCAGUGUCCCAAGGGCCAUGGCUUCUCCUCUCACCAACCAUCUGGUCUUCCGGGCACUAAGAGCUGGGAACCACCAUCCCAGCACUGCCUCACCGGCCGGAGGCAGCCUCGUCACCCACACAUUUCCCACUGGCAGGACUUGGCUGGCUUUGCAGGCGACCCAGACCUGGAACGCCCGGGUCCGGGGAUGCUCUCUCAAUGCCGCCGUCCCGCUUGGUUGCUCGCCUCACCCACUCCAGCCUUUUCCUCGCUUUCCCUCCUGCCUCUUUUUACCCAUUGCUAGAAGGGGUUUACUCUGGUACCUGACCGACGCCUGCUCUUGGUUGCGAAGCAUUCAAAGCCGAGAGCACUGGGUACCUCCAGCUAUGACCAGUGGGGACUAAAAAGAGCUCCGUUGAAUCUUCUCAUUUUUUAGAUUUCAGUUUCUCACCCUCAGCCUGUGGGUAGCUGUCAAGGGUGGCAGUGUGGAGAAGUUGACAUUUCGUUACAGCGUGUCUUCCAGGACAAGAAAAGAACCUGUUUACGAAUAUCAGUGAUUUCUUUUUCUUUAAAGUACUGCUCCCGUAGAAAACCAGUCUCAAAAUGACUGGAAUUUCUUGGGUGGAAAUAGUGGGCCGGAGAGCAGCAUUCCCGGCGAAGAGCCAAGCUGGCCUAGCAUCUGACGGUUGGUCCGCGUGUUCCUGGAAAAAAACGGAGAAGUGGAGUCCUUCGAGGCCUGUCCGUUAGGUCUUGCAGGUGGAGACCAAAGAAAGACCCAAAAAGCAGAGAGAGGUCACUGCUGCCCCAAGUUUCGUACUUGCUAUGAAUGAUGUGGCUGACUUGAAAUCCAGAAGCAUCUUUCUCCCUUUAGGUGGAAAUACAUAUUUAUUUUUUGUAAGUUAUACCAUUCUUUCACAAUGGAUAAACCAAGUUUCUCUUGGGGAUCUUUUUGUAAUGACUUACA